AUGGCCGCCGCCGCUGUUCAAAUCCCCAGACAGCCGGACAUUUCAUAUGCCCCCGAUUACGACAACUAUCUCAGCCGCGUGAAACGCCGUCAGGAGAAUGAGAAGCUGGCAAAUACCCUGCCGGAAGGCUUUCCCACCAAGCUUGAAUCCGACCUGGUCUGGGAUGGAAGGAAUUUGGCCGAGACAUAUGACUGGAACUACGUCUUGACUGAGAGUGACAUUGCUGAGAUUGACGAGGCUCUUCGCCACUUCAAAUCACUGAAUUUGGGCCUGGGCUACAUUACUCAAGAGACCUUCCCCCUGCCAAAGCUGCAUGCCACUCUACGAGAAAUCUCCAAAGAGGUUCAUCUAGGCCAUGGCUUCAAGGUCGUCAAGGGCGUACCUGUUGACAAUUACAGCCGUGAAGACAACGUGGCAAUUUAUGCUGGCAUUGCCUCUCAUAUUGCACCUAUCCGAGGCCGCCAAGAUUACCAAUAUGAUGGAAAGCCAGCCGACGUGGUUCUUGCGCACAUCAAAGAUCUCAGCCAGGAGAUUGAUCCUCACAAGAUAGGUGCCCCAGCUUACACCACAGACAAGCAAGUUUUCCACACAGAUUCUGGAGAUGUAAUUGCUCUCUUUGCUUUGGGAGAGCCAGAAGAAGGUGGACAGAGCUUUCUCUCCAGCAGCUGGCAUGUAUACAACGAGCUCGCGGCCAACCGCCCCGAUCUUAUUCGCACCCUGUCUGAGCCUUGGGCAGUCGAUGAAUUCGGAAAGCGUGGCAGGACACAUACGCUGAGACCGCUUCUAUAUUUCCAGCCAGCCACCGACGAUGCCCCUGAGCGAUUGAUCAUUCAAUACGCGCGACGAAGCUUUACAGGAUACUGGGGUCUCCCUCGAUCGACUGAAAUUCCUCCCAUUACUGAGGCCCAGGCCGAGGCACUGGACGCCUUGCACUUCACAGCCGAAAAAUACCGCGCCUCGCUCGACUUCCACAAGGGUGACAUUCAGUUUGCCAAUAAUUUGAGCAUUUUCCAUGCUCGCGAGAAAUUCCGAGACUCGGCAGACAAGAAACGCCAUCUCAUCCGUCUUUGGCUGCGUGACCCCGAGCUGGCGUGGAAGACACCCGAGCCGCUGACUGACAACUGGAACAGAGUUUACAAGGAUGUUAAGCCAGAGAAUACUGUUUUCCCUCUAGAACCAACAGUCCGCAGCGCCAGUGACGGCAAACCUGGAAAGUAUGAGUAG